GAACUGGCAGACUUUUAUGAAAGCAGAAGGAGCAUCUCCCCAUCCCUUAGGGUAAACAGCAGGGUGUCUGGGGUAGACCCUCAAGUUCAGGUUCUGGCCCCAACACUCACCAGCUGGGUGGCCUUGAAUCUCAAGUUGUUCUUCUAGAGAGGGAAUAGUCACUUCUAUUUCCUCAGGGUGCUGGCCGGAUUUGCUGAUGGCCCCAGUAAGAUGCCCAGCACACAGUAGGGGACUCAGUGAGCCGGAAGUCUCUACUGCAGGACCUGGGGCAGGCACUGGCUGGUCAGCCCAGAUGAUGAAGAUGACGUGCACCGAUGUGGCCGCUGCCAGGCGGAGUUCACCGCCUUGGAGGACUUUGUUCAGCACAAGCUCCAGAAGGUCUGCCAGCGGGUGCCCCAGGAGGCCCUGCCUGCCACCACUGCUGCUGCGCUGCUGGGUCAGGAGGUAGCAUCCCCCUACUGCCAUUGCACACGUGCGUGCCCUCCACCCCGCCCCUCGGCGGACAGCAGGAUGAGGAGGUGGAGGUGGAACCAGCAGCAGCAGGCUCAGAGGAGCCCAUCACUGUGGCCCACAUCGUGGUGGAGGCAGCCGCUCUCACGGCAGACAUCAGCCACGCUCCUGACAUUGUCGGUGGUGGACACAUCAAAGAGGUCAUCGUGGCCUCUGAGGCGGAGCCGGGGGACAGCGGGAUGGCAGAGGCCCGGGGCAGCCCCAACCGUCAGGGGCCUGGGCUCUCUGGGGAGGGUGAGCAGGCCCAGGUCAAGCUGCUGGUGAACAAGGACGGCCGCUACGUGUGCUUGCUGUGCCACAAGACCUUCAAGACGGGCAGCAUCCUUAAGGCCCACAUGAUCACCCACAGUAGCCGAAAGGACCACGAGUGCAAACUGUGUGGGGCCUCCUUUCGGACCAAAGGCUCACUCAUCCGGCACCACCGGCGGCACACAGAUGAGCGCCCCUAUAAGUGUGCCAAGUGUGGGAAAAGCUUCCGCGAGUCGGGUGCGCUGACCCGGCACCUCAAGUCUCUCACCCCGUGCACGGAAAAAAUCCGCUUCAGCAUGAGCAAAGAUGUGGUUGUCGGCAAAGAGGACACUCCCACAGGGCCUGGUGCCUCCACCGUGGGGACUGUUACAUCAUCGGCAAUGACAGGCGGGCCCAUGGAAACUUCGCCUGUGAUUCACCUGGUGACAGAUGCCAAGGGCACUGUCAUCCACGAAGUCCACGUCCAGAUGCAAGAGCUUCCCCUGGGCAUGAAAGCCCUCACCCCAGAGCCCCCCGGCCCCGAGGAGCUUCCCUGUUCCAGCGAGGGCAGCCGUGAGAACCUGCUGCACCAGGCCAUGCAGAACUCUGGCAUUGUCCUUGAGCGGGUCCCUGGGGAGGAGGGAGCCCUGGAGCCAGCCCCUCCCACUGUGUCCAGUCCCCAGCCCCUGGGAGAUGGUCCCCCAGAACUGCCGCUGCUGGAGGUGGAACAGGUGGAGACACAGGUGGCCAGUGAGGCCUCAGCUGUGCCCAGGACCCACCCAUGCCCUCAGUGCAGUGAGACCUUCCCAACGGCGGCCACCCUGGAGGCCCACAAAAGAGGCCACGCAGGGCCGAGGCCAUUCACAUGCCCGCAGUGUGGCAAGGCCUUCCCCAAGGCCUACCUGCUCAAGAAGCACCAGGAGGUGCAUGUGCACGAGCGCCGCUUCCGCUGUGGGGACUGCGGGAAGCUCUACAAGACCAUCGCCCAUGUCCGCGGCCACCGGCGUGUCCACUCAGAUGAGAGGCCCUACCCCUGUCCCGAGUGUGGCAAGUGCUACAAGACCAAGAAUGCCCAGCAGGUGCACUUCCGGACACACCUGGAGGAGAAGCCGCACGUGUGCCCGUUCUGCAGCCGAGGCUUCCGGGAGAAGGGCUCGCUGGUGCGGCACGUGCGGCACCACACGGGCGAGAAGCCCUUCAAGUGCUACAAGUGCGGCCGCGGCUUUGCCGAGCAUGGCACGCUCAACCGGCACCUGCGUACCAAAGGGGGCUGCCUGCUGGAGGUGGAGGAGUUGCUGGUGUCCGAGGAGAGCCCCACAGCGGCCGCCGCCGUCCUCGCCGACGACCCUCACACCGUGUUGGUCGAGUUCUCGUCCGUGGUAGCCGACACCCAGGAGUACAUCAUCGAGGCCACUGCGGAUGAUGCAGAGACCAGCGAAGCCACGGAGAUCAUUGAGGGCACCCAGACGGAGGUGGACAGUCACAUCAUGAAGGUAGUGCAGCAGAUCGUGCACCAGGCCAGCGCCGGGCACCAGAUCAUCGUGCAGAAUGUGACCAUGGACCAGGAGGCAGGGCUGGGCACAGAGGCAGCUGCUGCCGACACCAUCACUAUCGCCACCCCCGAGAGCCUGACGGAGCAGGUGGCCAUGACGCUGGCCUCAGCCAUCAGCGAGGGCACUGUGCUCACGGCCCGCUCGGGUACAAAUGGUGCCGAGCAGGCCACCGUGACCAUGGUAUCAUCGGAGGACAUUGAGAUCCUGGAGCAUGCGGGAGAGCUGGUCAUCGCCUCGCCGGAGGGCCAGCUUGAGGUGCAGACGGUCAUCGUCUAACACGGGCGCCUGCACGGUCCCGGGGGGCUGGGCUGGGGCAGGGGGCGAGGACCCCGAGCGCCCUGCCCCUGCCUGCCUGGCCGAGUACAGAGAAGAUGGGCAUAGAACUCAGGUGUUCAGAGGAGAUGCGGAAGUGUAAAUACACAGAGUUUUUGGUUGCUUUACAAUAAAACAUGAAAACCCGCCGCUUGUGAUGUUGCGGCAGUGCCAGCCUCAGGGGCUGGUGCCACUGCCCUGGCAGGUUCCUCUGUGGCAGCCCCUGCCUGCCCAGGGAUCCCAACAGGGCUGGAGGCACCUUGGCAGUGUGUGGGUAUCAUUGGUAUGUGGACAGGCAGCCUCCUGCUGCUGCCUUGCCCAGCUGGAGCUGUGACCCCAGCUUCCUGAGGCCCGUCGAGGUGGGU